AGGGGACACGCUUGAGAUCCCUGGGACAACCAAGUGGAGAAUCCAGAGUGAGGGAAUGUCUGGGAACCCGGCACCCUGAAGCAGAGUCAGGGGAGAAGGGACCCCUGCGACCCUCAAAACCCCCAAUAUCCCUAGGCAGCACCCCCAGCAGCCAAGAGAGGAGACCCCCAGAGACCUAGAGUGAAGAGAGCAGAGAAGGUGAACUUCUGAGAAGAUUUUUCUGAACUGAAUCUUCAUAUUUUGAAGUAUUUUCUGGCUGAAUUGUGAUCUUUUGCAAAUUUGGGGGGUGUUUUUGAGUUGUUUGGUUUUUUUCCCCCAAAUCUCGCUAUUUUGUGUAUUUCCGGACUAAGUCUUGGUGUUUUGGAUGUUUUUAUGGUCCCAGGAUGCCCGUUGAGUUCUAGAGAUGGACUUGGGCAGGAGGAACCCCCAAGGCAAUGCACUCAGCCCUUGUUUGCCCCCAGCAGGAUUUGUCCUUCCCAAAGCUUGGGCGGAUGGAGGAGGAGGCUGCAAUGAAGGGGAAGAUGCCACGGGCCCCCCAGGCAGGUGAGGAGGAAGUCAGUGCCCCUUUGGCCCUGUCUUGUGGUGCAUCUGUUGAGCAGCCUCCCAGCAGGGACAAGGUCUUCAGGUGCUUGGAAUGUGGGAAGAGCUUCAGGCAGAGCUCCACCCUCCUCAGCCACCAGCACAUCCACACUGGGGAACGGCCCUACCCAUGUAGGGAAUGUGGGAAGAGCUUCAGGAGACACUCCAACCUGAUUCAACACCAGCACAUCCACACUGGGGAACGGCCCUACACAUGUGGGGAAUGUGAGAAGAGCUUUAGGGACAGCUUUGACUUGAUCCGACACCAGCACAUCCACACUGGGGAACGGCCCUACACGUGUAGGGAAUGUGGGAAGAGCUUCAGGACCAGCUCCAACCUCUGCAACCACCAGAUCAUCCACACUGGAGAACGGCCCUACAAGUGCUUGCAAUGUGGGAAGAGCUUUCAGACCAGCUCAGCUCUCCUCAGGCAUGAGCCAACACACACAGAGGAGAGGCCCUUCCGCUGCACCGACUGCGGGAAGGGCUUCAACCGGAACUCCACCCUCAUCAGGCACCGGCUCAUCCACACUGGGGAGAGGCCCUACAAGUGUGGGGAGUGUGGGAAGAGCUUCUCCAGGAGCUUUUCCCUGACCUCCCACCAACGGACCCACCGGUAAGAGAAGCCCCAGAGUACCCCGACUGUGGGAAGAGCUUCGACUGCUGCUCCCACUCCGAAUGACCCCCCUGAUGGUGAGGCAGCCCCUGGAGUCCAGUGACUGUCAGUCCAUCCCUUUCUACCAGAAAGGGCCAGUCCCCUUUUGCAGGGUCAGGUUGUGCCAACAGAACCCUUCUUGAGGGGUGUGUGGAGAUUCCUGCCUUGGCUGGGACCCUGGGGUCCUGGGCAGGCUCUGAGUGUCUUUGGGGUUUCUUUCAGGGGCUGUUGGGGAGGUUUUGUGGGGGUCCCAGCACCUUUUGGGGUGACCUGGGAGCCUAUUGAGGGGCAGGUGCCCUCCCAAAGCCCCCCCAGAGGGGGGUGACACGUGAAGCCACUCAAAAGGAAGCAGUCUUCGAGAAACAAGAAGUUAAAACACAAAAAUGUAAAGCACUACAGGAAAGCUUAGCAUUAGGAAACCACAGAGGUAAUAAAUUGUCUGAGGGAACAGAACAUGUUGACAAAAAGGAUACUAAAACCAUAAGAUAACACAAAACAAGGAGAUAGUAGCAUCAGCAGAUUUAAGAUGGGCCAAGGUUACCAAGACCCUGCCAACAUCACAAGGAAACUACCCAAAUUAGGAAAGAUUUGAGAAGAGUUCAAAAGUUUACACCGAGGAAGACCAACCAGACGACCACCUCCUUUGAUGAAGGCUCUGGAUCUCCCACCUCCCAACCUCCCCAAAUUGAAGACUCCGCCCAGACUCCACCUAUAUAUGAAUAUUACGAGUAGAUGUUGCAAUGUAAUGAAUAUACAUGAAUAAUGAUGUAAUCCCUACUCAGAAAUUGUAUAAAAGAGCUGCACUAAUUGUUAACGACGGAGCUCUUUGCCCAGGGCGACCUGGAGAGCUCCCCAACGCGUUGCUAAUAAAAUACCU